AGUCUCGGAGCUCCGUGGGCGACUGCCACGCACUGUUGGCUCUCUCAAGCUCGCGCGCCGCCUGUUGCUCUCUGCUCCUGGCCGCCGGUUUCCCGCUGGGGAGGUAGGCGGACCAAGAACCGCAGCGCGCGUGGGCGACUUCCCGCCUUCCUCUCCUCCUGGCGCAAGGGUAAUCCAGGGACCCCCCGGGCGUCCCCGACAGAGCGGACGCCGCCAGCUCCCGGGCGCGUCCUAGCCUGCGUUCUCAGACCCCCCCCAGGCACCACGCCGGCAUGAACGUGAGCUUCCUGAACCACAGCGGCCUGGAAGAGGUGGGUGGUGACGCCCGAGCCACCCUGGGAAACCGCAGCCACGGGCUGGGCACGUGGCUAGACUGCUGCCCCGGCGGCGCACCACUGACCGCCAGCGACGGGGUCCCCGCAGGACUGGCGCCGGACGAACGCAGCCUGUGGGUGUCGCGCGUGGCGCAGAUCGCCGUGCUUUGCGUGCUGUCGCUCACCGUGGUCUUCGGCGUUUUCUUCCUGGGCUGUAACCUGCUCAUCAAGUCCGAGAGCAUGAUCAACUUUCUGAUGCAGGAGCGCAGGCCCUCCAAGGACGUGGGCGCCGCCAUCCUGGGACUAUACUGAGCGCCGGCCGCCCUUGCCAGAGUUGAAGCACCGCGAGGAAGAGACUACGGAGCCUCUUUCUCAAGGCUUUGGCCGCUGCCUGCGAUCAACGAAGUACCUCGCACCACCCGGGUCUGGACACCAUAGGACUCAGCGGCGGCGGUGCGCGAAGGGACUGUCAUGCCAGACUCCGUCCUGUGUGCGCUCCAGCAGGGGCCGGGGACGCAGGGUUCUUCACAGGUUUUUUACAAAGAGAAGUUCGGGGCAGAGUGGGAGACAGGGAUGGGGAGACGCAAUGCGGGGCUGAGGUUAACUAUGGCGGGGAUGUCGGCCGUGUUGGUGGGGGCCAGCUCCAAGGAGGGCUCAGGGAAGAGGUGCAUCGCUGAGAUUUUGCAUCUGAUCUCGCAUUGCGUCUGAGAAGAAAUUUUGUAAUAAAACCAUAGCCGUCGGGCUUCCUUAUACAUUCU